GUCUGCUUAAAGCAUUUGUGCUAUUACUCGUAUUUCUGCUCGCUGUGGAAACCCUCUGCACAGCCUUCCUCUCGUUGAUUGCACGAUUUGAAAAUAUUGGUUAUCACAGAUGGCAGAUGGCGGUGCUCCUCGUGUGGAGAUCAAAACAACGCUGGGAACUUUUGAAGUAGAACUAUAUGUGAAGCACGCUCCCCGCACAUGCAAAAACUUCUUGGAGCUGUCUCGAAGAGGGUAUUACAACAACACUGUGAUGCACAGGAUAAUAAAGGACUUCAUGAUUCAAGCAGGAGACCCCACAGGCACGGGGAGAGGGGGAGAGUCCAUCUUUGGUGGAAAAUUUGAGGACGAGAUACAUCAACAGUUGCGUCACACAGGAGCGGGCAUCUUGAGUAUGGCCAACUCAGGCAAGGACACUAACGGCAGCCAGUUCUUCAUCACACUCAAUCUCACACCGCAUCUUGAUGGGAAGCAUACAAUUUUUGGGCGUGUCUGCAACGGGAUGAGCGUUGUAAAGAGGAUAGGAAACACUCAAACAGACGCUAAUGAUCGGCCAACAACAGCAAUAAAGAUUCUAUCAGCAGCGCCUCUAUAGCACUAGCGAGCCUGUGUGCAUAUGUCUUGUGGUGAUGAUAUUCUAGCUUGGAGCCCACUGGCAGAAUUUGCAAUGCUUUUGGAGGUAGAUACAAUGCAGAGAGACACUUCUUAAACAUGCAGCUACGAGUUUGGCCGCAUAAUUAAAUCCCAUGUUGCGCAAAAUUGUUGCAUCAGCUGAGACGAGUUGGGUGUCACGGGAGGGCACCGACUGAUUGCAACAGCUGGAAUGAGGGGAGACUUCAGCUUGUACUGUAUCGCAAGCUUGCAAAGGAAUUUGUGGU